AUGAAGAACCUUCUCUUACUUUUUCCCUUUCUCUUUCUCCUCCUCUCCUCCGCCGUCAAUGGCGCUCACAACAUCACGCACAUCCUCGAGAAACAUCCGGGCUUCUCCACCUUCAACCACUACCUCACCGUCACCCACCUCGCCGACGAGAUAAACCGCCGCCAGACCAUCACCGUGCUCGCCAUCGACAAUGGUGCCAUGAACUCCCUCCUCGACAAGCACCUCACCCUCCCCACCCUCAAAAACGUCCUCUCCCUCCAUGUACUCGUCGACUACUUCGGCGCCAAGAAGCUCCACCAGAUCAACAACAGCACCACUCUCGUCUCCUCCAUGUUCCAGGCCACCGGAGCAGCAGCCGGAACCUCCGGCUACGUCAACAUCACCAACCUCAAGGGCGGCAAGGUGGGCUUCGCCGCCGAGGACAACGACGGCUCCCUCCACUCCUUCUUCGUCAAGUCCCUCCAAGAAUUCCCCUACUACAUCUCCGUCCUCCAAAUCAGCAACCCCAUAAGCUCCGCCGACGCCGAAGCCCCCACCGCCGCACCCUCCGCCAUCGACCUCAUAUCAAUUAUGUCCAAACAAGGCUGCAAGUCCUUCGCCGACCUUCUCAGAGGCUCCAAAGCGCUUCCGGCUUUCAAAGAAAGCAUCGACGGCGGCUUGACGGUUUUCUGCCCCACCGACAGCGCCGUCAACGGGUUCGCCCCCAAGUACAAGAACCUCACCGACUCUCAAAAAGUUUCACUCUUGUUGUACCACGGCGUUCCCCUUUACGAGUCCCUGCAGAUGCUGAAGUCCAGCAACGGCCUCAUGAACACUCUCGCCACCGAGGGAGCCAACAAGUACGAUUUCACCGUCCAGACUGACGGCGAAGACGUGAGUCUGAAGACGAAGAUAAACACUGUCAGCAUAAUCGGCACGCUCAUAGAUCAAGAUCCCUUCGUGGCGUACAAGAUCAACAAGGUCUUGAUGCCCAGAGAGUUGUUCAAGGCCUCCGACGUCGACGACGACGAAGCACCCGCCGAGUCACCAAAGCCAUUGAACAGGAAGAAGGGCAAGAAGGGAGUGCAAGAUUCCGCCGCCGAUGCUCCCGCCGACGGACCCUCGUCGGAUUCCGAAGAUCAGAAAGCCGCCGACGAAGACAGCAACAAUGUAAGUGGAUUGCACGACGGCGUAAGAUUGGUGUCGGCGGCGUUGUUCAGUGUGUUGAUUGGAUUUUUGGUUCUAUGAGAGUAUGAUAACACAAUAAUGGUAAAGUCCCAUGGAGUGUCGGUAGUAUACAGCUGUGGUCAACCAUCAUUUCAAAAGAUUCUUUUCUUUCUUUUUUUCUUUUUAUAUGUGAAGCAAAUAAAACAGUGGCACCGACAUGUUUGAGGCCAUGUGUACCUUUUUCUUUUUUUUUCUUUCUCUUUCGAUAUGUUAGUGUUACAGGUUUUGUAUUUAUUGUCUGUUUGCUUUUUUUUUUUAUUAUUUAAUUUCCAUUUUCUUCUUUCUUGAGUGUGGGUAGAUCUGGUUUGUGGUACUGCCAGCUGGGAUGUGUUCAUAUAAACAGUUUUAAUUUUAAUUUGGUUAGAUUUGAAUGCCUUGUAUUGUAUUGCAUUCUCCAUUCUUAUAUAUUAUAAGUAUUCUUGCA